AUGAGUGAUCACGAAGAUGAUAUAAACCAGGAGUUUCUAAUAACGACAAGAAAACGUCGUUCAAAUGCUGGUAAUAAAUUGAAAAGUUUACUAGAACAAGAGUUGCAAGAUUUGCAAAUAAAAACUCAGCAAUUUGAUGAAGAUGAGAUAGAUCUUUUGUUCCAAGAAGAUGCAGAUGAUGAAGAUUUUGAAGCUAGGCUACAACAAGAAGAAGAGGACACGGAACAAUCAGAAGAAGGUGAACAUGAAGGCCAAAAGAAAUCAAGCAAACAAAGCGAAAAAUCAACAGAUUACGAGGAAGAUGAGGAUUUAAUGCUGAGUGAAUCAGAAGAUGAGGAAAUUGAGGGCUCAAAUAACGAAGAUAAUGAAGCAGGUGAAAAGGAAUUACAACUUCAGGAAAGACUACGAAAGAAGAAAAGAAUUUCCAAACAAAGGGCUCCUCCUGUUAUUGUAAGGAAAAGACAAAUUAAACCCGUUAGUGGUGAAGAUGAAGUUCUAACCAUCAAGAAGAAAAGGCCAUCGUAUGAUUAUAUCAAUGCAGAAACUUUAUUACAUACUGAUAGAAGAACAUCGAAAAGAUCUUCUGUGGUCGCAAAUAAAUUACAAGUUUAUGCAAAAUUAUCAAAGGCUGAAGAAAGACGAAAAGAAAUCCAAGAAAGAAUUAAAAAGCAUAAAGAAGCACAAAAACAUCAUAUCUUAACUCAAGAAGAUAGAAUGAGAAUUGCCUUGGAAACUGAAAAAUCAAAUAUCUUAAGUUUAGAUAAAUAUAAACAACAAGAAAUUACGAAAAAGCAAUCUCGAUUGGCAAUGCAACAGCGUCAAAAGAUGAAAUUCACACCGGAAGAUGUUAUAUUACGGACUGUAAGUACAUCAUGGAUAGUGACUCCGAAUAUGGAAAUCGAUGAUAAGCAAUAUUGGGACGAUCAACUACAAAGGAGAGAUAAAAAGAAGAAGAAAUAUCCAAGGCGACAAACGAAGAAACGAAUCCAAAAAAUUGAAGAGCAAAAUUUGACACCAACUACAUCUGAAACUACAGCACAUUCGUCAAAUAAUGGUAUCACUGAGAUUAAAAAUGAAGAUGCAUCAGAAAAUGCGGAAGGAAGUGUAUUCAUAGAAGAGGCUAAGGAGAACCAGACAUCCUUGGGAAAUGGGGAUUCAUCACCAAAAAAUGAGGAGAUGAUGACUGAACAAUUUUCGGGACCUGAUUCUAAUAAUAAAGAAAAAUCAAUAGAAAGUAUAGCUGCCCCCGUGCACAAUAAAAACAACCCAAUUCCAGAUAGAGAGGUAUCGCCAGAUAUUAGUCAUGAGAUUUCUAAAGAUUUAUCCCUUGAAAUGGCUAUGACUAAAGCUAUUCGUUCAGAUUCAAGUCAAGAUAGCUCAAGUAUGAAGGAAAUAAAUGACGAUCUCCCCAAUACUCAUGUUAUAGAUGAAAAUAAGGAAGAUACGAGCGCAUUGUCUCCACAUUCGUUGCGAGGCCAUGACGAAAAUAAACCAACGAACGUUGAAGCCUUAAAAGCUCCCUCGAAAGAACAUUCUGUUGUGGAAGCGUCAGACAUAACGAAACAAGUAUCGUUUGCCUCUACACCUGAAAUUGCCAUUAUCAGCAGGGAUGAUCCAACAUUGUUAGUAAAAUCUUCAAAGGAAACUACACCUAUUGAAGAAGUACCAAAAGAACUUGAAUCAGAUGAUAUAGUAGUGGCAACAUCCGAAACCAGCAUAGAGGAUGAAAUAAUUUACGAAGGUCCUAACCAGCUUGUAUCUAAGGAAUUUGUCACGUUAUACAAAACCACUACUGAGUAUACGGGAGACCUCUAUACAACGUUAUUUGGUAAACCCGUUAAUAGUAGUGAGAAAUCUUUGAAUGUAGAGACUAUUUUGAAAUCAACCUUAUCUGAAAAUGAUGAGACUGAUGGGAUAAAACCACAAGUGUUUUGGAUGAAUACUGACCUAUCUAUACUUGAUAAAUUCCCCGCCUUUGGAGAGUAUGAUAAGAAAAUUUCCCAUGAAAUUACUGUACAAACUGAUAAUAGUAAAGAGAUCAUUUUGAAAACAGCGCCACCAGCUGGUAUUUAUUUACCAAGCGGUAUGAGGAAAAAAUGUUUAAUUACAAAUAAGGACUGCCAAUAUUUUGAUCCUAAAAAUGGUAUACCAUAUUCAGAUUUGGAAGCAUACAAGAUUAUUCAAGAAUUACAAGAACCAGAAACAGGCUCAUAUAAGUGGUUUGGGUUUAAGAAUGGUGGUAUUUAUCUGAAUACGAAACAAACUCCUGCCAAGGGUGUACCGGAAGGUUUUUAA